AUAAGACAUUGUAUUUACGUAUAAGUUCAUACAAGGAAACAAUGAUGGAGAGUAUCCAUAUAUGUAGCAUUUGUUUUGAGGACUUUUGUGAUCCAAAAAUACUUCCAUGUUUUCAUACAUUCUGUCGGGAUUGUCUAUGGGCGCAUGUGGAACGUGUCUUGAAAAAUGGAAAAUUCAGUUGUCCCGUGUGUCGCGCUGUCAUCGGAAAUCCUAAAAAUGGCGUUGACGGAUUUCAGUCCAACUUUUAUAUAAUUGAAGCGACAAAAGCUGCACAAGAGAUACCAAAGAAAGAAGAGUUGAAGAUUUCGCUAGCUGAUUUAAAGAGUGGAUUUUGUGCAACACACAAUCAGGAGAUGUUAAGCUUGUAUUGUGAGGAAUGUAAACUCCCAUGCUGCCGAGACUGUAAGAUAGAAUUACACGAUGGUCAUAAUUCUGUGAAACUUGUAGCAAAGGCCAAUCAGCUUCUUGACGAAGCCGGUGAAUUACUUUCAGUAAUAAAGGCAAAGACCGAACAAGCACAUAAGUAUCAGAUCGACUUAAAUGUCAAACUGGAAACUGUUGAAAAUGAAAGGACAAGGAUAAAGGACGAUAUCAUCAAUAGAAAAACAGUUCUUGAAGAAAGAAUAACACGUAAGGCCGAAGAAGCUUUAAGAAGUUUGAUUGAUUUGACAAAGGCUGCCAGUAAUAAUAUAACUUGCUCUUUGAAAGAGACAAAAACUGUCGAAGACAAGUUACAAAAGAUCACCGCGUCAUUAGCACGAACGAUGGAAUCACACGAUCCCAUCUUACUUCUUCAAGCUAUAUCUGAAGUAAGAGAAAAGGUGGACCGUAUGACAGCGGAGGGCAUGAGAACAAGCAUUAAUAUAGAUCGUUUAUUUCCCGGAAUGGUCGUCCAGAUGUCAGACGUAGCCCUAGAUACUCAAAUCGAAUUUACAAUUGGAAAAGUCAUGAUGAGGAAAUGCCGAAGUGCAAUUAAAGAUUACUUAGAACAUGUUACAACACUAGAUUCAGUGUUGAAAGACAAAACAAGGUAUGUGAAGAGUAUCUUACCAGUUAGUGACACAGAUGCCUGGUUUGCGAUCAGAAGUAAGAGAGAAUCGGAUAAGAAUACCAUGAUGAGGAAGAUAAGGGCAGACGGAAAUCUAUUAGUAUCUUUUCAAAUACCAGGACAAAUAAACUCUAUGACCAGUUUUUCUAACGGCACGUUAGCCGUUACAAUGCCAAAAGAAAACAUGAUCUGUGUCUUGGAAAAUGAACAUAAUGUUUAUCAACUUUCUGGUGUUAGAAACCCAAUGGGGAUAGCGAGUUACAAAGAUGAGCUGUUUGUUUGCAGCGUCGAAUCAACGGAUUUAAAAGAAAUCAGACCAUAUAGUGUAAACAGAGUUAUCGUACUGUCAAAUGAAGGUUCUGUCAAGCGUACAAUUGAGUUUUUCGAUGGAUGCCCACUUUUUACCUUUCCUGGAAAGAUUUCCAUGAGCUACAGCGGUGAUCUCAUAGUGUCCGAUUUCGCCCAAAACAAAAUUGUCUGUGUUGGACCGAACGGAAAGCCAAAAUACGAAUACAUGGGUCGGAAGGAUUUUGUUUGUGCUAACGUUUUUUGCGACAAUACAGGUUCCAUUUUGGUGGAAACGUCAGAAGGUAUUCACGUGCUUGACGAAAAUCUGAAACUUGUUCAUAGAUUUACUACAGAUUUUCUUGCGGAACAUAUCGUUGCUAUGGCUGUAUGCCCAAAAGGGCGUUUGUGGACCGUGGACGAAAACCGUAGGAUCAACAUAUGGAGAUAUAGUUCUGAAUAAGUUUACGAACACAAGGAGAAAAAAAAACAAAUGUGUGACGUCUUCUUGCUAUAUAAUUGCUUGUAGUUUUAGGAUAUAAAAUUGUCCGAAUAACGCUUUUAAAAAUUAACAAGUUUAUGUCGACAGUGAUUGGCUCAGACAACAUUCUUCACUUAUAUUUGAGACUCUUAAAGCUGUAUCUAUAUGUUCAUUCACAAGUAACAAUACGGGCAAACGUUUGAAAAAAUGCCUGUCAUUUUGUGUCUAGAUAGAUAUUUGUAUUUCAUAAACUGGUAGUAAAUAAUAUAUAUAACCAAAGAAAGCUAUGUCAGACUUGUUUCGUCGGGUUGCAACAUCUCUCACGCUCGCUAGGCAUAAGCGGGGCACUAUUGUACUGAUUAACUUGAAAUCAACAGUUAUUGACUGUUGAACUCCACGAUACCAAGGAAAGACAUCAUAUGUGGUUUUUUAAUCAACAUUCUGUUUCUAUUGAACAACUGUUAAAAUCCCGUUUAUUUUUAUGAAAACACUGCAAUAUUGACGUCAAAAAAGGCACUGAGAAAUAUGCUAUAUACAUGCACUACUUGUUCAACAAUUUGAUGUAAAAGACGUUUCAAAAUUGAAAUUAUAUAACUGGACGGUUGAACGCAGAAUAAUUCACCUAAAGUAUUGUAUGGGACGUGUAAACUUCUCGCCAUGCAUGCCUAUAUAAUUAAAAUACGGUCUCGUUGACGUCUUGUCUACUAUUUGGCGCCAUAUGUGUGGCAAGAAACAGUGCUUCCCUACUGGAAUGGAAAUGUUAUAUAGAAGAACCAUCUGUUUACACGCCGCAUAGAAUAACUGACUCGGGUUGCGCCCUCUUGAUUUUUAUGUAGGCUUAUUAUACACAUGUUUGUCAUAUUUAAAUAUAUCAAAAAUAUAUAAUGUUGUUUCUACUAUA